UCAUUAAUCGAAAGAAAGAUGUAAUUACAUAAUUUUCAUAUGACUGAUCGCAAUCGAUCGCAAUUGAAAGUUAAAUAAGUUUGCAAAAAUAAAAUCUUAAUUUUAAAUGAGAGACGAAGGGAGAAUAAGGAUCGACGUCCAUUCUCCUGGAGCGAUAUAUGAAUAAAAUUGGAAUAUGGAGCAUAUUUAACAGUAGGGAAUCUCGAAUUACUUGGCCUAACCUAAUUCCUAAACUCUGAUCUGAAUUAGGCUACAAACACGCCGUCAUGGCUUACUUUACUAUUAACUAUUAGAUAUUAGACAGUCGACUCUGAGAUUAGUCUGACUGUCUGACUGACAGUCCAAGUCGAACGUCAAACGUCGAACCUAAACGCGCACGUAACUUUGGUCAAAAUUGUUAGAUUAUGUAGCCAAAUCGUAGGAUCGACGCGUUUACGAAAUCCGCGUAAAGCAAACAUCCAAUUUAAUCCGCCAACGAUAUAAAGCGAUUAUAAAAAUUUCGAAUAUAUAAAAUGACACUUCGAAAGAUCAAAGCUCGUCAGAUAUUCGACAGCAGGGGCGAACCGACGUUGGAAGUCGAUGUGAUCACCGAUGUCGGUUUAUUCAGAUCGUCAGUACCCUCUACCGUGUUGCUCAAUCCGAAUCAAGCGCGCGAAAUCAGAGAUGAGAACGCCGCGGCUUAUCACGGUCGCUCGGUAUUUAAAGUUGUCGAUAUCGUUAACAACGUGAUUGCUCCUCAACUGAUAAAGUCAAGGCUAGAAGUUUGUCAACAAAUGGAGAUAGACGGUUUGCUAAACAAGUUGGAUGGUACGGAGAAUAAAUCGAGACUCGGCGUUAACGCUAUCCUCGGGGUUUCCGUAGCCUGUUGCAAAGCCGGCGCCGCUAAGAAGGGUCUCCCGGUAUACAGAUACAUUGCCGAAUUGGCCGAAAACAAUAAAUUGUGCAUACCUGUACCAAGUUUUACCAUGAUCAACGGAGGACGAUAUGCUGGCAAUAAUUUAUCGUGUCAAGAAUUUGCGAUAUUACCUGUAGGUGCCGAGAGUUUCGCCGACGCCAUAAAAAUGGCCACCGAAAUGUAUCGAGUGCUAGAGAGAAAAAUCAUCGAUGCUAAACAAAUACGGGGCCCACUUCCGACUAGUGACGAUGGAGCCUUCGCUCCUAAUUUGGAGAACGACGAAGCCGCUUUGACCCUUUUAGACGCAUCCAUUAGAGACGCUGGUUACGAAGGCAGAAUUAAAAUAGCGCUGGAUAUGGCAGCGAGCGCUUUUUAUAAAGAAGGAGGAUACGACUUAGCGUUCAAGACGAAGGAUUCCGAGCCCACUAAUUAUUUGGGGGCCGAGGCUUUACGGGACCAAUAUCUUAAGUAUAUCUCGAAAUUCCCAACGAUAGUUUCGAUCGAAGAUCCUUUUGAUCAAGAGGACUGGGAUAGUUGGCUAACGAUCGUUCACCAAGGGAUUCAAGUAGUCAGCGACGAUCUCACCGCGAUGAAUGUCGAGAGGAUCGAAGAAGCAAUGGUCAGAAAUGUAGCAAACUGUCUCAUACUAAGACUAUCACAGAUCGGCACUGUGACAGAGGUCAUUAAUUGCGCGAAAAUGGCAAGAAUCAACAAUUGGGGUUAUAUCGUGAGCACAAGCCACGGCGAGACGGAAGACAAUUUCAUCGCAGAUUUGGCGGUUGGACUUUCCGCCGGUCAAUUCAAAGCCGGAGCACCUUGCAGGAGUGAAAGAAUGGGCAAGUAUAAUCAAAUAUUGAGGAUCGAAGAGGAACUUGGUAAAGAUGCCAAAUACGUUGGAACGAAAUAUCGAAAUCCUCUAGCGAAAUAAUCUCGCGGGUAGUAUGCGUGCCAUUAAUUGAAAUACAACAAUAAAAUAAUAAAGGGGGGGGGGAAACAGAAGAAAGAUCAGACAACGCGCUUACCGUCUCCCGUACAGUAAAAUCCAUUGAAUCGAUCAA